CAAAACUUCUUCUUCGCUGGAUUUGAUAUAGUUUGAAGCUUCGUUCGCCGAGAAAUUGCAACGGGACAGUCUUGUGAAACACGACACCCCGGAGUGGCCCUGUUUACGUAAAUACACACGAGCGCGUACGCGCUGUCCCCGCGCGUCACGCUCCAGGCUGGCUGACCCAGCGUCUGCGAGCGAAGGCGCAGGUUCCUCCCUGUGUCGGUUCCAUGCUCAGAUCCCGUCUGAGAGGAGCAGACCUGUCGGCGUAGACGGGGAGGGGCCGAUGUGGUCGCCCGCGCCCCGCCCCGCCCCGUUACCACUCGGGGAGAAGAGACGCGCACCGGCGUUAAAAUUUUAUGUCACUGUGACCAAUCACGCGCUGCGAACAUCCUCUUUUUUUUCUCAGCUCUUUACUUCCUACCUCCCUCUCUCACUCUCUCUCUCUCUCUCCUUCCUUCCCCCUCUUCGUCUUGUUUCUUCACCUCCGCCGCCGUUUAUCUGGCGGGUUUGUGGACAGGAAGUGCAGACGCUGUCACUUUUCGGCUGAGUAACGCCGGGGACGCCUGGCAUUCUGUGAUUAAAUUCAAAAAGGAGAUGUAGGGUGACGGAUUCCCAUCGAUUUAGCGAGCGCGAGGAGAGCGCCGCGGCAUGGACCGGGACGUCGCGCUGACCACAGAGCACCGAACAAACAUGGACGCCGCCUUCUGAGCGCGGGGGAAGGAGGAAGUCACAAAGGCAGCGCCUCUGCUCGUUUCCCUUCGCCGCUGCCGCCGCUCGACUCCCCCGGCCGGCCGAUGGAGAGGGACGGGCCGCCCCCGGCGGGGCUGGCCGGACUCUCGGCGCAGGACGUGUGGAUGUGCCUGGACAUGCGCAUGCUGGAGGAGGAGCUGGACUCCAUUUUGCGGAGCACGGAGGAGGCCAGCGGCGACCCCCGCGGGUCGCGGCGGGCGGGACAGGUUUCCGGGGGACGCGACUCCGCCCGGGCGGGUCCCCCCGCCCCUCCCUCCGAGACGGGCAACCGGCGGGCGCCCCCCGACACCCCCGCGGAGAUCCGCACCCCCGGCACGGACGUCAGCUCGGCUGACGAGCUGGACUCGGCCCGGUGGAGCGCUCAGGAGCUCAGCUGGAUGCUCAACCCCCUGUCCCUUCAGCAGCUCUCUCCGGACCCCCCAGCCCAGGGCGCAGACCGGGGAAUACUGCCCCCAAAGAGCGCCCCCGAGCAGGGCCUGGGGAGCACGGCAAAUCAGGAAUGCGAUUGGCCCGGCCCAGAUGAGGAGGGGUUUGGGACACAGAUACAGGAAGUGGUGGGGCACGCACGGGAACCAAAAGGGUACACAGGAACGGAUUGGCAGCUGGGCGAAUUACGCGAGGCCACAGAUGAUGACAGGCUGGAGGCGCGGGCUGAGCGGCCGGCUGGGGGCACGUCGACCGCCGAGAGCACCGCGGCCGCGGCGUCCACGGUAACUGCGGGGACCGGACCCGUGUCCGUGGAGACGCGCUCCGAGGACAGCGCCGACGGCUCCGUGUACUCGUGCUGUGUGCAUCAGACUUACGAGGGGACGCAACCCCACGGAGCAGGGGGGACUGCGGCGCCCCCUGGCGGCUCGGAGGCAGAGAGCAGUUAUAGCCAUGGUCCUGGUGCCACGAAGGAAGAGGAACAGAGACCGCACCCCUCCUUAAACUUCCCCACUGGGAUCUGGGCCCUGCACUCUGCCCCUCAGGAGGGAGGAGAGGGUCACUGGAGGGAAGUGGCCAGUCUGGGGCAGGAGGAAGUAGAGGAGGAGGAGGAGGAGAAGGAGGCGCUAGCCAGUCUGCAUUUGUGUCCUGUGACCGAGAUCCAGAAAGAAAUGGAGCAGACGUGGCCCACGGAGAGUGAGGAGGAAGAGCUGAAGAGACUCCUCGAGGAGCUGGAAGAGUUCAGCCACCUGGAUGAGCGGUUCAGGCAACCGGCACGCUUAGAGCAGCUAGAGCAGCCAGAGCGGUCAGUAGAAUCAGAGCAGCUGGAGCAGCCAGAGCGGUCUGUAGAAUCAGAGCAGCUGGAGCAGCCAGAGUGGCCUGUAGAAUUAGAGGAGAUCGAAGAGUCAGAGCAGGUACAGCAGCCAGAGCAGUUGGAGCAGCUGGAGGAGUUUGAGCAGGCUGUGCAGUCAGAGCAGUUAGAGCAGACUGUGCAGUCAUGGCAGUAUGAGCUGGCUGUACAGUUAGAGCAGUUAGAGCAGACUGUGCAAUUUGAGCAGUCAGAGAAGACUGUGCAGUCAGAGCAGACUGUGCAGUUGGAGCAGACUGUGCAGUCAGAGCAGUUGGAUCAGACUGUGCAGUUUGAGCAGUUAGAGCAGACUGUGCAGUCGGAGCAGACUGUGCAGUCAUGGCAGUAUGAGCUGGCUCUGCAGUUAGAGCAGUUAGAGCAGAUUGUGCAGCCAGAGCCGUUAGAGCAGACUGUGCAGUCAUGGCAGUAUAAGCUGGCUGUGCAGUUGGAGCAGUUAGAGCACACUGUGCAGUUAGAGCAGUUGGAUCAGACUGUGCAGUUAGAGCAGUUGGAGCAGACUGUGCAGUCAGAGAAGUUGGAGCAGACUGUGCAGUCAGAGGAGUUGGAGCAGACUGUGCAGUUUGAGCAGUUGGAUCAGACUGUGCAGUUAGAGCAGUUGGAUCAGACUGUGCAGUCAGAGCAGUUGGAUCAGACUGUGCAGUCAGAGAAGUUGGAGCAGACUGUGCAGUUAGAGCAGUUGGAGCAGACUGUGCAGUCAGAGAAGUUGGAGCAGACUGUGCAGUCAGAGAAGUUGGAGCAGACUGUGCAGUUAGAGCAGUUGGAGCAGACUGUGCAGUUAGAACAGUUAGAGCAGACUGUGCAAUUUCAGCAGUUAGAACAGGCUGUGCAGUCAGAACAGUUAAAGCAGACUGUACAGUUGGUGCAGACUGUGCAGUUAGAGCAGUUGGAGCAGACUGUGCAGUUAGAGCAGUUGGAGCAGACUGUGCAGGUGGAGCAGUUGGAGCAGACUGUACAGUUAGAACAGUUAGAGCAGACUGUGCAGUUGGAGCAGAUUGUGCAGUUAGAACACUUGGAGCAGACUGUGCAGUUAGAGCAGUUGGAGCAGACUGUGCAGUUUGAGCAGUUGGAGCAGACUGUGCAGGUGGAGAGGUUAGAGCAGACUGUGCAGCCAGACCAGUUAGAGCAGACUGUGCAGCCGGAGAGGUUAGAGCAGACUGUGCAGUCGGAGCAGUUGGAGCAGACUGUGCAGGUGGAGCAGUUGGAGCAGACUGUGCAGGUGGAGCAGUUGGAGCAGACUGUGCAGCCGGACAGGUUAGAGCAGACUGUGCAGCCGGAGAGGUUAGAGCAGACUGUGCAGGUGGAGCAGUUGGAGCAGACUGUGCAGCCGGAGAGGUUAGAGCAGACUGUGCAGGUGGAGCAGUUGGAGCCGACUGUGCAGCCGGAGAGGUUAGAGCAGACUGUGCAGCCAGAGCAGUUAGAGCAGACUGUGCAGGUGGAGCAGUUGGAGCAGACUGUGCAGGUGGAGAGGUUAGAGCAGACUGUGCAGGUGGAGAGGUUAGAGCAGACUGUGCAGGUGAAGCAGUUGGAGCAGACUGUGCAGGUGAAGCAGUUAGAGCAGACUGUGCAGGUGGAGAGGUUAGAGCAGACUGUGCAGGUGGAGCAGUUGGAGCAGACUGUGCAGGUGGAGAGGUUAGAGCAGACUGUGCAGGUGAAGCAGUUGGAGCAGACUGUGCAGGUGAAGCAGUUAGAGCAGACUGUGCAGGUGGAGAGGUUAGUGCAGACUGUGCAGCCGGAGCCCGAAGAGGAUCUAGAACAAUCCAGUGAGCAGGGUGUGCACAGAAGAGGAAACUCGGGACAGAGAGAGCAGACGCAGCAGCGCUUGCAGCCGGAGCAGACCCAGCAGCCCUUGCAGCCGGAGCAGACGCAGCAGCGCUUGCAGCCGGAGCAGACGCAGCAGCGCUUGCAGCCGGAGCAGACGCAGCAGCCCUUGCAGCCGGAGCAGACCCAGCAGCCCUUGCAGCCGGAGCAGACCCAGCAGCCCUUGCAGCCGGAGCAGACGCAGCAGGUGCGCCCCACAGACCCGGCGCAGGCGUGCCCCCCCCAGGUUAAGGAAAAUGGCGUCGGGGUGGACAGGGAAGGGGCGCGCAGGCUGGCCGAGAGACUGCACAAGCUGCAGGACGUCCGGCGCACGGAAGUGGUCGCUCACAUGGACAAAGAUAACGAGUUCAGCCGAGCUGUGGGGCAGGAGUACCUGAAGCUCUUCGACUUCACCGGGCAGACUCUGGAGCAAGCCCUGAGGUCCUUUCUGAAAGUGGUGGUGCUGAUUGGAGAGUCGCAGGAGAGGGAGAGGGUGCUUCAGCAUUUCGCCGAGCGGUUCCACGACUGCAACCCGGACGGCUUCUCCUCCUCAGGGGCAGUUCUCACGCUCACCUGCGCAUUGAUGCUCCUGAAUACUGACCUGCACGGACAGAAUGUAGGCAAGCCCAUGUCCCUGUCCAGCUUCGUGUCCAACCUGGAAGGCAUGAAUGACGGAGAGAACUUCCACAGGGAGACGCUCAAGGUCCUGUACAGCUCCAUUAAGAGUGAAGCGCUCCAGUGGGCCAUUGACGAGGAGGAACUGAAGGCCGCCGCCUUGUUGCCGGGGGAUGCGAAGGCGGACGCGCCGGCGGGCUCCAGGAUCAACCCCUUCCAGGACGUCCAGCACGACGAGGCGGCCCCCGUCUUUAAGGAGGGGUUCCUGACGCGCAAGGCGCACGCCGACGUCGACGGGAAGCGAACUCCCUGGGGGAAGCGUGGCUGGAAGACCUUUUAUGCUGUGCUUAAAGGCCUGGUUCUGUACCUGAUGAAGGAUCAGAACGGUGGGGACUGGCGGAGCGCGGAGGAGGUGGUGAGCGUGCACCACUCCCUGGCCGAGCCGGUGCGCAGCUACACCAAGCGCCCGCACGUCUUCCGCCUGCAGACCGCCGACUGGAGGGUCUACCUGCUGCAGGCCGCCUCGGCGGAGCAGGUGAGCUCCUGGCUGAGCCGGGUGAAUCUGGUCUCUGCGCUGUACUCCUCUCCUCCUUUCCCUGCUGCUGUGGGCUCCCAGAGGAGGUUCAGCCGGCCCAUCCUGCCAGCCAAGGCCUCCCCACUCACUCUGGAGCAGAAGCUGCAGUCGCACUCGCGCAUGCUGGAGUCCUUCUCUGAGGACCUGCGCCUCCUGCAGGAGGAGCUGCCCAACGGCCGGCGGGCCAAGCCUCGAGAGCUGGAGGAGCACCGACUGAGGGAGGAGUACCUGCAGCACGAGAAGACGCGCUAUGAGGUCUACCUGCAGGUGCUGGAGGUGUGGCAGGCCCUGGGGGGAGAAGUGGGCGAUCCGGUGGGGGCGGACGAGCUCGAGCUCUUUGACAGGGAAGUGCGGACCGACACGGGGGAGGAGCAGCCGGAGGCGGUGCUAAAGAAGUCCUACUCCAGCCCGUCCCUCGUCCAGGCGAUGGCUCCGCCCACCGAGGUGAAGGUCAAGCGCAACAUCUCGGAGCGGCGCUCCCACCGCAAGGUCAUCGUUCCGAGGCGCAGCAAGGACGUGUGACCAAGGAAUCUCAUUCGCUCGCCGGCAAGACCGUCUGCCACAUGACCCAUGAUCUCACAUCCCCUAAUGCCAUGACGUCACGCCCUGUGUGCGUUCCCCCUCACUUCCUGGAGUUUUGCAGUCACAUUAUUUUCAAAUUAUUUAUUUAUUUUUCGAGUCAAUCAAAUACUUUUUUUCCCCUUUUUUUUUCCUCUUCGCUGAUCUCUGGAGUUAAAUAUAUUAAAUAUCAAAUCUACGUGCUUAUAAAUCAGUGAAGGUUUUUUUCUCUGGAACGAAAAAAGAACUUGGAAUAUGAAGAAUAAACCCUGUAGCAUAAAGAUGUUUACGAUCCCAGAAGGUUGUUGAAGGCACAUUGACUUCAUGGACAUGGGGUGGUGGAAAGGUGUGCUUUUGUGAGCCUGCAUUCAGACACCCUAAAAUGUCUGUACUGCAUAUGGUCUAUCGCACUCUUACUUAAGACAGUGCUGCAGAAGCCUUCUCUCUGACUUCAUUUUGAGAGGAAUGAGCGGGACAUCUGGUUGGCUCGUAUGUGCUCUUUGGUUCGUGGAACUUCAAGGGUCCAAUCAGAUCGUUUCCUGAACAGAGAUACCGGGAAAUAUCGACGCAGUUAAUGAGCCUUUUAUGAGUCCUGUGGAGCUCACACUGACUUAAAAAAAAAAAAAGAUUUAAUUUUCCUUCUUUGCGGUGGUUUAAUACCGCUUGUCUCUGCUGUGUCUCGCAGCUGUGUGUUUCUGAUGAGUUUGUGUGUUUUGAAAGAAUCAGACAAAAGCAGGGUAAAUAUGCGGAGCGCUACUGGGCUGAACGAGUUUGUUCUGCGAUGUUAAAUGUUAGCCAGAGGAGGGCGCUGUGUAACAGCACAUUGAAGCCGAGUGCACAGAAAAUACAGGAAAUACUGAAGCAAGUAUUUCUUUAAUUGUUUUUGUUCUUCGUACGUGUAACACAUUCGUUUCAAUUUGUUCAUAGAUUUAUUAUUUUAAAAUUUUGGUUUUCAUUAGAAAAAUGCCUGUUUGUAUUUAUAAGAAUUUAUAUCACCGGAACUCGACGGGUAAAAAGGGAAACGUUCACGAUUUUUUGUGAUUUGUUUCGUUUCUGUUCAGUGCUAGUUAAAUAAUUUGAUAUUUUCCACUAAUUAACAUGACGGUAUAUUUAAAGUUUGUUUUGGCCUUCAAAGCACAAUUCAAAUAAUGGUACCUUUUAAUUUUUACAAUUCCACCGCAUUCUAAAACAUAGCAAGUAAACUGACGGGGCAGGGAAAUCCACGAGGGCGUGUCUAGACUGGAUACACGCUGUGGUGUUCUGCUUUACGAAUUUGCCGGCAAUUCUGUUCAAGCGAUGCAAAGUUUUCCAACACUGCAAUUAAAUUUACUGGAGCUUAUGAA